AACGACUCCGUAUCAACAAAACUCUGAAGGUGCCCCCACAAAGCCCCUCGGACACCCUGAAACAGAGAGAGGCUGCGAGUGUAAGCAAGCUUGGAGAUGGCAUGGAGGCAAAUAAUCUGCAAAGCAAGACCAUUUCCAAUCCUUCCACAAUCGCCACAAUCGACUCCUGGGUUUCUUAGAUUCUUCUCCAAGUCCACAACUCCGUAUAUAGUCAAAGUUGGAAUACCAGAAUUUCUGAAUGGAAUAGGGGGAGGGGUUGAAGCCCAUGUGGCCAAGCUUGAAUCUGAGAUUGGAGACCUUCAGAAGCUGCUUGUUACUCGUACACUUAAACUCAAGAAACUUGGCAUCCCCUGCAAGCAUAGAAAGCUGAUGUUGAAAUACACCCACAAAUAUAGACUGGGACUAUGGAGGCCUAGAGCUGAACCGGUGAAAGCGUGAAAAGUUUGAGCAGCUUGUGCUUAGAGCACCGAGACCAAGUCUGAUAGUGUCACCGAUGGAGAUUUCUGUUUAGAAGUAUAGCAUUUGAGUACUUUAGGUCAGAGUUAAUGCAGUUUGUGAUAAGUUUAGCCAAGCAAACCGGUUAGUUUAGUAUUGUAGCUGUGCACAUUGUUGUGUUAAUUAUCUCAAAUAACAUGUGGAAUUUUAUGAGAAUGUGAUUAGAUAAACCUUAAGUUAUUACUCA